UGUAUGAAGAAGCACUGUAGACAGAUCCUGUUUUAGAAGAAAAGUUCUGAUCUGACUGACUGAUCACUCAGCUGCAGGAACAUUUCACAGUUCUCUUGUGGAACAGAUCCAAAGAUGAAUCGUUGUGGUCUGCUUACUGCCCAGAAGAACCCAGUUCCUCUGAAGAGCGUGGAGGUGGAGCUGCAGGUGAAGGACCAUGUGGCUACAGUCAUCUCCACUCUGAACUACCAGAACAAGGAGGACAAACCCAUAGAAGCGCUUUUUGUCUUCCCUCUGCCUGGAGAUGCUGCUGUGUGUCAUUUCAGUGCUGACAUUGGACAGACACACAUUGUAGCUGAGCUGAAGGAGAAGCAGCAGGCUCGUGAGGAGUAUGACGAUGCACUGAGCUCAGGGCAGCAGGCCUUCCUGUUGGAGGAGAGUGAGCAGAGUCCUGAUAUCUUCUCUCUGAGUGUGGGCAGUCUGCCUCCAGGGGAGAGCGCCUCCAUCAGGCUGCAGUAUGUCAUUGAGCUGGCUGUGGAGGCUGAUGGGGCGCUGAGGUUCUGUCUGCCUGCUGUGCUCAACCCUCGCUACCAACCUCAAGGUAGUGAAGGUCCUGGAGUCCCGGUCAGCUCAGUUCCAGCCUCUGAGAUUCCCUACAGUCUGUCCUUUUCUGCACGAGUGUCCUCUCCUCGUCCAGUUUCCAAAGUAGAGUCCAGCUGUUCUCUGGAGCCUCUUCAGUACCUGAACACUGAUCACACAGAGGCUGCUGUGAAGCUGGCUGCAGGACACAAGUUUGACAGAGAUGUAGAGCUGCUGAUUUAUUACAAAGAUGCUCACCAGCCCUCUGCUGUUGUGGAGGCAGGACAGGACUCUGCUAAGCCUGGCACUCUGAUGGGUGAUCCUGUGGUGAUGGUUAGUCUGUACCCAGAGUUCCCAGAGUCUGUGAUGUCCAAACGCACCUCAUGUGGAGAGUUUGUGUUCUUGUUGGAUCGAUCUGGAAGCAUGCGGUGUUCGACCAGUAACUGGAACCAGCAAGAGACUUGCAUCAGCAGUGCAAGGGAUACUCUGCUGCUCCUCUUGAAGAGUUUACCAAUGGGCUGCUACUUCAAUAUCUAUGGUUUUGGAUCCAGAUAUGAUCAAAUUUUUCCGAAGAGUGUGGAAUACAAUGAGAAGAGCAUGGAGGAGGCUCUGAAGAAAGUUAAGGUGAUGCAGGCUGAUCUGGGAGGAACAGAGAUUCUUCAGCCCCUCCAACACAUUUACAGUCAGCCCUGCAUCUCCAACCAGCCUAGACAGUUGUUUGUCUUCACUGAUGGAGAGGUGGGGAACACAAAGGAAGUUCUAGAUCUAGUUAGGAAGAAUGCAGGUUCCCACAGGUGUUUCUCUUUUGGGAUUGGAGAAGGAGCCAGCUCUGCUCUCAUCAAUGGGUUGGCUCAGGAGGGCAGAGGUCACGCUCAGUUCAUCACAGGAAGUGACAGGAUGCAGGCAAAAGUGAUGCAGUCUCUGAAAUUUGCACUACAGCCUGUUGUCAAAGACAUCUCUGUCACAUGGGAUUUACCAAAGAGAGUGUCUGCCACUGUCCUCUCUCCACCAAUCACAACAAUUUUCCAGGGUCAGAGGUCACUGAUUUAUGCCCAACUCUGUGGAAAGAGUUCCCAAACAGACUGCAGUGUGACGGUGAAUUACACUCUGGGAGAUCAUCCCUAUGAGAGCAAACAACAGUUUAACCUCAAUCCUGCAAAGGACACUGGGUUAACAGUCCACAGGUUAGCUGCUCGUUGUUUGAUUUGUUCUCUGGAGUUUAAGAAAAAAGAGAACAGAGGGAAGUCAGAUAAAGACAUGAAGAGGAAGGUGGUGAAGCUCAGUGUCCAAUCAGGAGUGAGCAGUCAUCACACUGCCUUCAUUGCUGUCAACAAAGACAAUGGUGAUGCUGUUCAAGGACCUCUGGUGCGCAGAAAUGUUCCAACCCCUGCUAAAGGUCUUUCUCUUCAUCGUCCAUCAGAGGCAAAAAAUGGUUCUGUUUAUAUGGCUCUUCGUCAUCAUCGUCCCAUGGUGGAAGAGUUAUAUGGGUCUCAAGGUCUUUGUCAUCCUUGUCCCGAUGUGAGAGAGAUGUUAUAUGGGUCUCUUGCACGGAAUAGAGAAGCGGACCCCUCCUGCUCAGCUUCAUACACCAACACUCCGUGGAGUAGAGAUCAACCCAAAGGUCGCCCUAAGGCCAAUAAAAGAGGAUUUAGGUCGUUCUGGAGGUCAUGCAAGUUAAACCCUGUGAGAAGUAAAGAAUAUAUCCACCUCAGAAGACGUUCAGCUGGUCUUGAGGAAUCACAGAUGGGAACAAUCUCUUCAUCCGAGUUCUAUGGAGAAAUGCUAAGAGCCGCUGUGCCUGAGCAGCCCCGCAGAGACCCUCUGCUGCAGCUGGUUUCCCUCCAGAAGGCGUCCGGCUGCUGGCUGCUUGAUGCAGCUCUGGCCUCAGUUCUGGGAAAAACAAGUGAGGAGGUGGAGAAGUCAAAGACUGCAGAGGUCAGCAGUGAGGUGUGGGCCACCAUUCUGGCUCUGAUCUGGCUUCAUGGAUUCAAGAUGGAAGCAAAGGAUGAAUGGGAGCUUCUGGCUGUGAAGGCUGCUUCAUGGGUCCAAGCUCAGAAUGCUCCAUGCGUAAAGGACUGUGUUGCUGCUGCAAAUGCGCUGCUGUGUUGCAGAGUGAAGAAAAAAGCUCUGAAGCUCUGAAGUAGAAACUGAAGUUUCAACUUUAGAAGAUUUUAUUUUUUCAACUCAUAUUUCACUUUGCAAAAUAUGCAAUAUUAAACUUUGUGCUCCACAUAAAGUUUAUACCUUUUAUUAGUUUUGUCAUAUUGUAAUUAAUAUUGUCAUGUAGUAAUUCUCUUUGUGAUGUAUCAUUAAGUCUACAACUGAUGGUUUUAUUUAAGGUCUGAUACAAUUUUCUUUGGAGUGAAAAAAAGUGUAAAUGAAUUUCAAGGCUAUAGAAAAAAAUCAAUUUAGUGAAUUAGUGCAAUUUUUGAGUUGAAGAUAUACUUACAUCGACUUAAAAUGCCGCCAAGAUGAUCUUUAAUGAAAUAUUAAUAGGAGAAUUUGUAGUUCAGCAUCUAACUUUUGUUUUCCACUUCCCACCAUCAGACACAUCUAGAUGUCUAAACCACGGCUAUUUCAAUGUUUACAGCUAUUUAUACUGUAUACUUUAUGCAUCUGAUAGGCAUCAAUUCUUAGAGGAUUAUUGCACAUCACGGUUAAGAUCUCUUGUAGACGACCAUUCCACAGCUAAUCAUGUUACAGUCCCAUCAUGCCUUGCAAUGAAGUGGACUGCAACUCUUCACAUUUUAAACUGCUAAGAAUAGAACAUGGACUGGAAGCGAUUGGAUUGAUUAGUCGGUCAAUGGUGGAAAAAAUAUUUUUUGAGUUAGAAACAUUGUCUGAAAUUAAUUUUGAAUUGUAUUCUUACUUUGAAUGUGUAAUAAAUUGGUUGUACUGUGUUAGUUUUUCCUUAAA